AUGCAGCUCACUACCGGACUAAUCUCAGUGUUCGCAAUCGCACCUCUAGUUUUUCCUCAAGUUCUCGCUCUCCCUUCCCCAAAUCCCCAAGUUACUUUCGCGCCUUCUUUCGUCACUGAUAAACUCAAGAAUGACAAAACCGUUAACGCGGCUAACAAUCUCAUGCAAGAUGCGACUAAAUUCACUAAGGGUCUAGAGGGCCUCUUCGAUGGAGAUAUAAGUGCGACUGACGCUAUAAAUGUUGUGAAAUUGGCUGGGUCGGGGGGCAAGUGGCUUGGGAAUAUCAAAAAUCUGGCCAAAAAGAUCGUGGAUUCCGUACCAGACCUUCCAGAAAUCGGAAAAAAGGCUGCAGAAAGUCUGCAAGGAAUCUUGGAUGAAGUAGAGGAAACGUAUAAUGAUAUCAAAGAUGAUAUCACCGAUCCGCUUGAGUUGAUGAACAAUGGUGGAGAAACCUUAGACAAGGUCCGCGGCUUAGCUUCAAAGGUUGCCUGUACGCUAUCAAAAGACGUGCUUCCAUCUAUUAAGGUGUUGGUCGACGAGGCCGAGAAGCUUGCCACGGGUACGGUUAAUCUGCCAAACAUACCCGAAAUCAAAAUUCCAGCAGACAUUGCCGAAAAAUCGGGUCUUGAUUUGACUAAAUGUACUGCGGGGGAUAUCUCAGGAAUCCCCACUACUACUGCCAUCGAUGAGUCCCAAACUACUGUCCCAGCUGAGAGCGAGCCUACUUCGGAAGCUUCACCAACCGCUUCCGCCACGGAAACCGACGAGGAGAUUCCUGAGGAGUCUGCGGAAUAUUAG